AAACCGACCAAGCUCGAGCUCACCAGCGCGCGGUGCACAAAAGGCCCCGGAUGAUCGGUUGAGGUUAAAAAUAAGAAGGAAUUUGUCUACUGGAAUAUCAAACACGGCACGCCAGUUUUGCUGUCUCUGUCCAGAUAUUUAAGAAGUGGAGAAAGGAAUUCAAUCGAACAUCCUUCCUGCUCAGACAGUGGGAAUGGAUUCACCCGGUCAUCUCAAUUGAAGGUACAUCAGCAAGUUCACACUGGGCAAGGUCAUUCAUCUAUUCAGUGUGUGAGAAAGGAUUCUGUCGAUCUUCCCACCUGUGGACACACCAGUCAGUUCACAUCGGGCAGAGGCUGGUCAUCUGCUGAAUUUGUGGGGAAGGAUUUACUCGGUCAUCUGAACAAAUGGCUCACCAGCGAGUUCACUUUGGGCAGCGGCCGUUCACCUGUUCAGUCUGUGGGAAAGGAUUCACUUGGUCAUCUCACCUACUGACACACCAGCGAGUUCACACUGGGAAGAAGCCAUUCACCUGCUCAGAAUGUGGGAAGAGAUUCACUCGGUCAUCUGACCUACAGAGGCACCAUAGAGUUCACACUGGGGAGAAGCCGUUCGCUUGCUCAGACUGUGGGAAGAGAUUCACUGAGUCAUCCAACCUACUGGUACAUCAGCGAGUUCACACUGGAGAGAAGCCAUUUACCUGCUCAGUCUGCGGGAAGGGAUUCACUCAGUCAUCCAACCUACAGAGUCAUCAGCGAGUUCACACUGGGGAGAAGCCAUUCACCUGCUCAGUCUGUGGGAAGGGAUUCACACUGUCAUCCACCCUGCAGAGUCAUCAGCGAGUUCACACUGGGGAGAAGCCAUUCACCUGCUCAGACUGCGGGAAGGGAUUCACUCGGUCAUCCCACCUACAGAGUCAUCAGCAAGUUCACACGGGGGAGAAGCCGUUCACCUGCUCAGUCUGUGGGAAGAGAUUCACUCAGUCAUCCCAACUACUGGCACACCAGUCAGUUCACACUGGGGAAUGGCCAUUCACCUGCUCAGUCUGUGAGAAGAGAUUCACUCACUCUUCCACCCUACAGAGACACCAGCGAGUCCACACUGGAGAGAAGCCGUUCACCUGCUCAGAAUGUGGGAAGAGAUUCACUGAGUCAUCUCAUCUACAGAGUCAUCAGCGAGUUCAUACUGGGGAGAAGCCAUUCACCUGCUCGGUCUGUGAGAAGAGAUUCACUUGGUCUUCCGACCUACAGAGUCAUCAGCGAGUUCACACUGGGGAGAAGCCAUUCACCUGCUCAGAAUGUGGGAAGAGAUUUGCUCGAUCAUCUACCCUACAGAGACACCAGCGAGUUCACACUGGGGAGAAGCCGUUCACCUGCUCAGAAUGUGGGAAAGGAUUCACUCAGUCAUCCAACCUCCAGAGUCAUCAGCGAGUUCACACUGGGGAGAAGCCUUUCAUCUGCUCAGAAUGUGGGAAGGGAUUCUCUCAGUCAUCCAAACUACUGGCACACCAGUCAGUUCACAAUGGGGAGUGGCCAUUGUUAUGAAUCCCUAGGUUUUGUUUGCUGUGGACUGUCAUUCUGAGAGAGAGAGAGAGAGAGAUUAAGACGGCGAAUCAGUCUGACUUGCAGCUUGUUUACAUCGCUCACAGCUUGUUUAGUUUUAACCAAGGACACAGACACUCAGAGUCAGACGGAGAUGAAGGAGGAAAAAUGGAAGGAUUGAAACCAGGGAACUAGUGGCCAAGGGUCACUGUUUAGAACUUUCCUAUGCCCACAAGUGUGGGUUAAUUAUCAAUUCAGUGUACAUCGAAUGUGUGGUUGUCACCUCGUUUGAUCUAUAGGAGUGGAUUGGAUUUGGGGUAUCCUGUGAAGACCACUUAUGUGUUAACCCUUGCCUGGGUGUGGUGUGGUGUGGUAAUUCACAUGAAGACGAUACCCCUUGUGACAAGUCACUUUCGGUGAUAGUUUGUAUGUGGACUUGGAACGACGACGGAUAAAACCUACAGCGACUGUUCUCUCGUUUUACCACUGUGGAAGCUGUGGAACUCAACGUUAUUGCCUUCUCUCGACAUUUACUCUGGAUUACAAAUAUCUCUCUCUCCUCAACUAUUCUGUGGUUGUACUGAACUUUCAUACUUUACCAUCUCAAGACUCCAAGCCUUGUUUCCCCUGAGCUCAAUAGUUUGGGGUUUAUAUUUACACACAUGUACACAUAGCUCUGUUAACUUUUGUUUAUCUUGCUUAAAAUACUAUAUUGUUAGUAGAUACUAAUAAAGAUAGUGGAUUUAACAUCAAAAACAGACUCCAGGUGUAGUCUAUUGCUGCUGACUCAUUUCUGAAGUGUUACGGUUCAUAACAAAAUUGAGGCCUGCAUCCGGGAGAGGAACAGAUUUGGAGGCGUAUUGAUUAAUUAUCGAUUUCAUUGGGGAAAUCCCUUUUGAUUUAUUUGUGUAUGGAAAUUCAGCAG